AUGUCGUCCAAGGAGUCGAUGAGCCUUGUUAUCCGGCCAGACUACUUUUCCGGUGGCCGGACAUUGCAAAGAGAGACCACGCAGAUACCCAGUCCUGAGGUGAACGAAGCACUCGUAAAGGUGCUCUAUGCUGCGCAGAACCCAACCGAUGUGCAAUCCUUCGAUAGCAAAGCUGUAGGCGAAGGAGGCGUCUUGGGAUGUGAUUUUGUUGGAACAGUCGAGCAAGUCGGGGCCAAGGUAACCAGACUGCAGACUGGGGAUACCGUGGCAGGACUCAUCUGGGGCGGGGAAACCAAGGGGAAGGGGGCCUUCAGCCAUUACACUGUAGCCGACGAAGAGAUCUCAUUCAAGGUUCCUGACAACAUCUCUCUGGAGCAGGCAGCCACGGUACCAUUGGCAGCGACGACAGCAUGGCUUGCCCUGUUCUCAAGCGACUGUCUCAAUAUUCCCCGAAAGUCAAGCCCGAUCACCUCGGUUCUCAUUUGGGGCGGAAAUUCGAGCGUGGGGCGCUACGCCAUACAGAUCGCCGCCAUGUACAAUUUUGACAUCAUUACCACCUGCAGCACCCGGCAUUUUGAUGCCGUCAAGGCACUGGGUGCGAAGCACGUCUUCGACUACAGGGACGAGAAGGUUGUUGAAAAGAUAAAGCAGGCUGGGCCUCAUCUUCGUUACGUUUUUGACACCAUUGGGAACGAGACGUCGUCUGCAACCGGGUCACAGGCUAUUGCCGAAGCCACGGGGCAGCCGGGCGCAUUGUGUACGGUCCGGCCUGGCAAGGCUAACACCGAAGGCGUAAAUAAGGGGACAAAAGUCACGGACGUCUUGGUCUGGACGGCUUUCCUAAAGGAACAUCGGUACGGGGAUUUCUACUGGCCCCCAAACAAGGAUGAUCAUGAGCUGUGCAAGGAGUUUUUCGACAAGCUACCAAAAUAUCUGCAGGAAGACAAGCUCAAGCCCAACGUUCCCAAGCUGAUGCUGGGGUUGGAUGCCGUGCAGCAAGGCUUUCAGGAAUACCGUGAUGGCAAGAUAUCUGGGUACAAGGUUGUAUAUAAGCUAUGA